AUGCCUAAGCCUGUGACUCUCACUUAUAAAAAAAAAACGAACGCAUACACCAACAAGAACAGCAGCAGGAACAAGAAAACAAAAAAGGCAAAGGAAAAAAAACAAGAAGAUGAAGAAAAAAGACAAAUAGUUCCACGAUUGUUCUCGUUAUGUCCUGUGCCUUCAUUGAAGUGGAGGUUCAUAUCGCUAAAUCCUAACUCUAUUUCAGCUUUUGCUGGUAUAAAGCUCCCAAAUAUGUACGAAGCCAAGCGUGAAAUGUUUAACAAGAUAUUUGAUUUUGAGAGACUCAGAAUAAGCAGUAGCUUCCAAGCCCUACAAGAUCCAGACAAGAAGAAAAAGUUUGUUUUCUCAAACUUAAUCAGAACUAACCGCUAUGCCGCUGAUGUUAUUAUUCGUAAAAGUUCGCAAACCAAUCCAGAAGAUUUCGCUCAUUAUUUUGACCAAGAAGUCCCCAUAACACUGCUUAGAGAUGUUCUGAACAGUGAAGAUUUGGACAAUAUCUCACUUUGCGCAAUAGACCCCAACCGUAAUCAAGUAUUCGUUGCCUCUUAUGGUGGUGGAUCAAGAAGGCAUAUGAAAAAAGAAAUAGAAAGGAUGGCUGCUGAGGAUAUGGGCGACACCUUACUGAAUAUAUCAACAGCAAAAACAGUUAGCGUUCAAAGAGCAAGAGCAGAAAUGACAAACAUUUUAUUGGACGGUGGUAGAAAAUAUAACAAAGCAAAGUGA